AUGUCGCAGCAACAACAGAACAAGCUCAAGGUCGGCGUCCUCGGCGCCACCGGCACCGUCGGACAGCGCUUCAUCCUCCAGCUGGCCGACCACCCGCAGUUUGAGCUCGCUGCCCUCGGCGCAUCCUCGUCGAGCGCCGGCAAGUCGUACUCGGCCGCCGUCGCCGGUCGUUGGAAGCAGGUCCGCUCCAUCCCCGCAAACGUCGCACAGAUGCCCGUGUACGAGUGCCAGCCCCAACACUUUGCCCAGUGCCAGGUCGUCUUCAGCGGCCUCGACUCGGGCCCCGCCGGCCCCGUCGAAGACGCCUUUCGCAAGGCCGAGCUCCGCGUCUUUUCCAACGCCAAAAACUACCGCACCGACCCGCUCUGCCCGCUCGUCGUGCCCCUCGUCAACCCGGACCACUUUGACAUCAUCCCGCACCAAAAGAGCCAGGUAGGCACAAAGACGGGCUUCAUCAUCACCAACGCAAACUGCUCCACCACCGGUAUCGUCGUCCCCCUCAAAGCACUCGAGGACCGCUUCGGCCCGCUCGACAAGAUCGUCGUCCAGACCAUGCAGGCCAUCUCGGGCGCGGGCUACCCGGGCGUGUCGUCGCUCGACAUCCUCGACAACGUCGUCCCCUACAUCUCGGGAGAGGAGGAGAAGAUCGAGUGGGAGACGGCCAAGAUCCUCGGCGGCAUGACCAGCGACAAGACGGCUUUUGACCUCCACGCCGACUCGCCGCUCAAGGUGUCGGCCCACUGCAACCGCGUCCCCGUCAUCGACGGCCACCUCGAGACGGUCUCGGUCUCGUUCAAGAGGCAGCCGCCCCCCUCGGUCGAGGAGGUCAAGCAGUGCUUCCGCGAGUUUGUCACGGUGCCGCAGCAGCUCGGAUGUCACUCGGCGCCCCAGCAGGCCAUCACGCUCCACGAAGAGGCCGACCGCCCGCAACCCAAGCUCGACCGCGAGUGGCAGAACGGCGCCGGUGUCAAUGUCGGCAGGGUGCGCCAGUGCCCCGUGUUUGACAUCAAGUUUGUCGUCCUCUCGAACAAUGUCAUGAUCGGCGCCGCCACGAGCUCCGUCAUGAACGCCGAGAUUGCGCUCGCCAAGGGAUUCCUGACACAAUGA